AUGGCGCAGCAAAUAACCUUGAAAUUGAAGACACCGGAUGAUGAACUGGCAAAGGAAGUGGCCAAAAAGUACGGAUUCGAAGUCAAGGUAACAUAAAUUUUUAUUUAUUCUUGUUUUGUGGCUGUUUUUGAUCGAUUAUUGUCGAUAAUUUUUCCCAAAAAUAAUUUUAUUGCACAGUGCAGUCUGAAAAUUUUCGCACUGUGCAGUUUUUUGAAAUGUUGAAUUUACUGCACGGUGAAAUAAGUUGGCCGAAAAAUUUCUUGACAGUAUUAUGGCUUGUUGUAUACUGUAAAUGGUACGCAUAAAGGUUUUCAGAAUCUUUGGGACAGUGGCCGGUACCAAGCAAAAUUAAUUUUAUUGCACAGUGCAGUCCGAAAAUUUUUGCACUGUGAAGUAUUUUAAAAAGUUGAAUUUAAUGCACAGUGCAACAAGUUGGCCGUAGAAUUUCUUGACAGUAUUAUGGCUUGUUGUGUACUGUAAAUGGUACGCAUAAAGGUUUUCAAAAUCCUUGGGACAAUGGCCAGUACCAGGCAAAAUUGGAAAAACCGCACAGUGCAGUUGGUUGAAAAUUAUCUUUUACUGCACUCUGCUGUGAGGCGAGUAGAAAAAUUUUAUAGUAGUCCAUUCUACUCUUCUUGCUGUACAUUUUAGUUCAAAAAAUUUUUUAGAGCGGAGUUGAUAUUGCACCGUGCAAAAUUUGAGAAACCGCACAGUGCAGUUAAUUGAAAAAGUAUCUUUUACUGCACUGUGCAGUAAGAUGAGUAGAAAAGUUUUAUGGUAGUCCAUGCCACUUUUCUUACUGUAUAUUUUAGCACAGAAAAUUUUUUAUUUGAGCCAGAGUUGGUAAUGCACCGUGCAAAAUUCAAAAAUCUGCACAGUGCAAAAUUCCAAAAUUUGCACAGUGCAAAAAAUAAAAAAUCUCGAAAAGUUGAAAAAAUUUUUUUUAGAGUUCUCAGAGUUGCCUCAACAAAAAAUUUCCCUCAUUUUCAGGGCGAAUCUUUCCUGGAUUCCCACUACUUUCUACAUUACUCCGACUCGGACCAAACCUUGGCCGAGAAAACGGCUCAGCUCGACAAAUUGAACUCGGAUCCGUUGGUGGAAUGGGCGAAAAUCGAACAGCCAAAGACCCGAAAAAAAGUCCUCGAUGAGUUCUGA